AUGGCCGACUCAGGCUUUACGCUGGAGCGCGCCAUCCUUGCCGACGUCUCCGACGACGAGGAGAUCGCCUUGGUGCCGGCCGCCGUCAAACCAGACGUCAAGGCACCUGCCGCUGCCACGACCGCCGCCACUGCCGUCUCCGAUGGACUUGCCUCCGCCGCCGACGCCGAUUUAACGGUGGUGGCCGAUGGUGAGACCCCACGGUCGGAAGCCCAGAACACGGGCAUGAUGGUCCUGGCCCUGUUGGAUAAGAUCAUAGGUGUGGUGGACCAGAUCCAACAGACCCAGACCGGGCUGGAGUCCCGGCAGGAGAGUAUGGAAAAAAGCGUGACGACCAUCCAGACGGAGUUGGCAAAGCUUACCAAGAGCCACACGGGCACAGCGGGCACCGCCGCGAAGCUUUUGGAGAAGGUACGCAAAGUCAACGCCAACGUGAAGAGCGUGAGAGGGGAACUGGACAGGCAGGCCGGACAAAUCAAGAAACUGGAGAGUAAUGAACACGAGUUACUCCGUCGCAAGAACUUCAAAGUGCUCAUUUACCAGGACAAAGUGAAACCAGUGAAAGCCGCUCAGAAACCAGUAGCAGAAGGGGAGCAGGUUGUAGGUGUGGGAGGAGGAGAGGAUGAUGAGGAGGUCGAGGUUGAGGAGAUCGUGGAGGAGUCGCGCGCCGAACGAAUAAAGCGCAGCGGCUUGCAACGAGUGGACGACAUCAAAAAGGCAUUCAGCAAAGAGAACAUGGAGAAAACCCGUCAGAGAACCCGCGACAACCUGGAAAAGACCAGAAAGAAGACCAGGGAGAACCUUCAGAAGACAAAACACAACCUGGAAAAGAAGAUGGGACAACUGGGCACCAAGAUGACUCCAAACACCCAAAGAAAGGAAAAGAUACGGAGUUCCCGCGAAAAGCUGAAGAAGUCUCUCACCCCUGAACAUGCCAUCUACGCCCGCUCCAAAUCCACCACUUACCGAGUCCCGCCCUUCACCUUCCACGUCAAGAAGAUCCGAGAAGGUGAAGUGGAACCAGAACCAGAACCAGAAGAAGAGACAAAGGAAGAUACAGUAGAUACGGAGAAGGAGCUGCACAAUGGUUCUCAGGAGAGCCUGGAGGUGACAGGGGUAAGUCUGGAAAGGCACGUGGAGGAAGGGGAGUUAGUCAACCUGGGCAGCCCAGAGAUGGAGGCCUUGCUGGAGGUAGCGGAUCACUCGCAACUGGUCAUCCGGGAGACGGAACGUCCCAAGGAGAGAGCAGGUCAGAUCUAG